AAAAAAUUAUGUGAAACCAGAGACUUGCAGAAACCAAGGGAGAAUUAUGGGUAUCUGUGGCACUCUGAUUCUUGAUUGCACCUCGAAUGGCAUCCCACCGCCCCAUGUCCCCCCUGCAUUUCAUUUUUAUAUUUCCCUUUUUCUCAAAAGAUAAAAUCAACCAUGUAAUUCCCAAAAGAAGGUGCCACAUCACACAUGCCACCCCCACCCCUACCAUCUAUAUAAGUAACCAAACACUUCUAAAGCCCAAAAUAUUAUAGCUCGCGAUCUGAAUCAGUUUCCGUACUACUACUACUACGCUACUUAGAGAAACAACGAGAGAAAACAAGAAAUGUCUUCCAACGACAAUAAAGUUGAAGUGAGUAAGGGCAGAGAGGAAGAUGAAGCAGAAUUCGAGAAGGAAGAGUCGGUGCCCACUGUGACAAGCAAAUUGUUCUUGAAACCCAGUGAGAACCAGAAGCCUGGGAAUAUGGAUAAAGAAGUGGUUCUGCGGCGAAUUCGUCACCGGAGAAGGGUCAACAAGGUCCGAGCCGCUGUGGGCUCCUUUUUCAGCUCACCUUUCUCCACCGACCACCAUAGAAAGUGGCUCGACGAUCCAUUUGCCGCCUUAAACGAUGUGGUUUGGCAACACUGAAUUCUCACCUUCGUCUCUCAACGCACUAGACUGAAGAUGGAGCACUCUCAUCCCUGUCACUGUAGCUCACUGGUCACUGAUGUGGCACCCAAACUCCCUUCAUCUUUCGGCUCCGGUCUCUGUCACUGUCUCUGGUAUUGCCAUCAAGCUCGUCGUCGUUCUCUCAGAUCGGGUCUCUCUCACGGUCUCGCGCGCCUUUCUUGCCCUCGUUGUCGCCGGCGACAGAAGCAGCAGGUCCCAGCGCUUCCUCCUCGCCGUCAGCUUCCUUUGCACAACCAGAAGUUGGUCCCAAUUAGGUGAGUUUCAACAAAUUUUCCUUUUUUUUCUUUUCUGUUUUGUUGCUGUCUUUGAUUUUGUUGCUGCAAAUAUCAAUGAAUUAGUUUCUUUGUUGUUGAAAAUAAUCAUCGACAUGAAUUUGUUACUGAUUAUGAACCUUGAAUAAUUUGUUGAUGAAAAUUCACUGAGUUAGUUUUUUUUUUGCUGAAAAAUCAUUGAGAUGAAUUUGUUAUUGAUAACAUUAGCUGAAUUUUGAAUUUGUUGCUGUUCAACUCAAAUAAUUACUUAACUAAAUCAUUUUGUUGCUGAAAAUCAUCAUUGAGUUAAAUUUGUUAGUGAUUGUACUUUGAAUUUGUUAUUUAAAUUUUGGAUUUUAAUUAGUAGUGAAUUGAGGAUGAUAGAAUAUUUUCAAGGAAUCAAUUAAAUCUAUUUAUUUCACUCAGACAAGAUAUCUUUUAUCGUUCAAUGUGUUGUUUAUCCAAUUCCUAGUUAUUAACUUAUAGUUUUCUAAAAUGACAAUCUACCUUCUAGAAUUUGUUACUGCACAAGCAUGAUUUAGGAUAAUAAACUUGCUUAUUUGUUUGGUUAGAAUAGGCCUCUUUUGUAUUCAUCUAAUUAGAAUAUUGUUGUUGAUUUUGGGUAUAAUAUGCGUAAAUUCUUUCUGAAGAUAUCUAGCUCUCAGUAUCAUGGCAUUCUGUCCUGCUUCCCUUUUGUAAUUUUGUAAUUAUAUCAAUAGCAUCUCAACAUGUAAUAGAUGUUGGCAUCGAAGUAAGUUUUCCCUUA